AUGGGCCGAAAGCGAGCCUUUGACUCCGCUUCUUGUUCACGUGACGUCGACGAAGAGCUAUCGCAGCCGUCAGUGAAGAUGCCGAGACCGUUAAGAAGAAGUCAAUCAUUGAGAGCGAGGGCAGGAGUGGUGGAAUUAGCCUAUCAGCUCGCUGAGCUCAAUGCUGAACAAGCUCCGGAUCAGGAUACGGGAAGUCGGCGAGAUCCUAUGGUGGAUGAAUUAGAGAGACCCGGGUCUGAACCGACAGAAGACGUUGAAGAGCUGCUGACGAAGUCCAAGAAGAAUAUGUGGUCGAUGUCCAGGGCGAGGCAAGGAUUCCUAAUCCGCAUCCGACGUUCCAACAGCAGGUUAUCUAUGGUGCCGCUUUUAAAGUUGCAUUUCGGGGUAAGCGAAAAAAUGGCAAGUUUUUUGGACGAUUAUUUGGCUUUGCUUGCUGCACCAGUUGGUGCACAGUUCCUGAGCCGCAUUCCUCCGAAGCGGUGCAAAGCCAUGAAGAGAACAGUGAUCCACUUCUUAGAAAUCGAACCUCAACUGUCGCUGAUUCUCAACAACGUUCUUCCAACUCUCGUUCAACUUCACAGAGAAAUUCAUAGCGGGGAAGCGAGUUCUAAGCGCUGUGAAACUACCUCAUUUCCAAGGUACAAGCGGUCCAUUGAAACGCUCACGGAGUUCGAUGAGCGUAAAAUUAAGAUCAUAUUGACGCUGAAUUUCGACGGUGUCAAGCUGAAGAAGCUUUCACGGUCCGAGGCAUGGCCUAUCUACAUCCGUCUCGAGGGGCUUCCAUUCAAGGAGAAGAACAAGAUCGAAAACGUAGUUUUGGCUGGAAUCACGUUCACAAGAAAACUCCCACGGAAAAGCUUCUACCGAAAUGUUUGGGCGGUCAGUUAG